AUUCUGCCACAUCCAUCAUGAAUACCAGUCAGGAAGCUAAGUUUCCUCUUCACGAGGCUGCCCGGGAGGGCAAAACUCAAAUCGCCGAAUCUCUCCUCAGUGCCAAUCCCAAGCUAGCGAACGUCAAAGAUGACGAUGAUCGUCUCCCCAUCCACUGGGCAGUAGCAUACAACCGUCUCCCGAUCGUGGAGCUACUGAUAUCCAGCAAGCACUUUGAUCCCGAUGUCGAGGUUCGUUCGUCAUUACCUCAACGAUUCGAAAUUAUACCACGUCAGAGUCCUCACUAACAUAUCCACAGGAUGGCUCCGGCUGGACGCCUCUCAUGAUUGCAUCCAGCUUGAAGAACGCUGAAGGCGAUCCCAUCAUCGACCUACUGCUUAAGAAAGGCGCAGACGUAAGCACGAAGAGCGUCUCGGGCCAGAACGCCCUCCACUUCGCAACCUCCAAAGCCAACCUCUCCACCGUCCGCACCCUCAUCGCCAACAAGUGCAGCGCGAGAGUAAAGGAUAGGCGCGGACAACUCCCUCUGCACCGGGCAGCGGCGAUUGGAUCGUCGCCCAUCAUCAAGAUUCUCCUGGAGGAUGGGAAAAGUCCUGUGAACGCGACGGAUGUCGACGGAUUGACAGCUUUACAUCACGCAGUGUCAGAGGGCCACGGCGAUGCGGCGAUUACGUUGCUCAAGGCUGGUGCCGAGGCGGAUAAGAGAGAUUCGAAUGGCGUUUUGGCCAUUGAUAUGGCUCCGGAUAGUAAGGUACGGAGCUAUAUCCUGCAAACGGCGGAGAGGGAGGGAAUCGAGUUAUAGUUUAUCCAUAUGUUGGAUAGGGAAGGACAGAUGGAUGGAAAAUAUAAGAAGGAUUAAAUACCCGGAGUCUAUCUUUGAUACUCUCAGGCUCAUCGAACAACUGUUUCCA